AUGGAGAGGGAGGAGUCGCCACCACCGGUCGCCGGCUGCGGCGAGGCGGCGGCGGAAAGGAGAGAGAUGGAGCGCGCCGCCGUGGCGGGUGGAGGGGAGAGGCAGCAGCAGCAGUAUAGGGGGGUAAGGAUGAGGAAGUGGGGGAGAUGGGUGGCGGAGAUAAGGGAGCCGAAGAAGCGGUCGAGGAUCUGGCUGGGCUCCUACUCCACCGCCGUCGCCGCCGCCAGGGCCUACGACACCGCCGUCUUCUACCUCCGUGGCGGCGCCGCCCACCUCAACUUCCCGGAGGAGCUGCCACCGCCGUCGCCGCCGGAGGAGGAGGAGCAGCGGCGGCGCCACCACGGCGGCGGCGGAGGAGGGGAGGCGCUGCCGGCGGCGCUGAUAAGGAAGAAAGCUGCCGAAGUGGGGGCCCGGGUGGACGCGCUGUACAUGCCGAGGGCCUUCCGCCGGCGGCCCCACGCGGCGGCAGCGCCGCCGGCGAGGGCGUCGAAGAACCCAGAUCUGAACCGGCGGCCGAGCCCGGAGAGCUCCGGCGAUGGCGGCGGCGGCGACUGA